AUGUCAUAUCAUGAAUCAUGGGGACGUAGCUGUUAUGAUCGUGCUGGCUUUCGCUCCCAAAUUAAAUUUCCCAAUGGGAAAUCGAGAUCGAGACCUUCUUCUACUGAUGGCCCUUCUACUCCUCCUCGUGGGCGGAGCGAUAAGGGCACUAGAACUUAUUACCGGUCAAAACCCGCUGUAACAUCAGCUCUUCGAUGUCUGGUGGGCAAAUUCGAGGCCAUGGAUGCUCUGAGUCUUCCAAUUCUAGAUGUCACACUCCAGCCGGCGCCAUUGCAUUCAGCACGGAAUUCUCCUAGGAGGAGAGGUAUAACCCGAGAUUCUUCACAAAGGCGGUUGUCUACGAUUCUGAGCCCGACGAGUGCAGAUUUGUCCAAGGAUGACGACGUCUUUAUUGAUGGAUACAUGGGACAUAAUACAUGGGGUGAUACCCCUAGCAGUACCAAAUCGACGAUGUUUGGGUCCUCUAAGAAGCAAUUUCAAUCGCGACAUUUAAGGACACCGCAAUGGUCAGUCAAAGUUGCAAAGACACCAUCGAAGAGUGCAAAUCGAAUCGUCUCCUCAAGAUCUACCUCCAAGCAUAGAACUAUUACCAAAAGUGAACGUCCAGCAUAUGUACGACCGAAAAAGUCUCCAAACAAGAAGAUAGGAAGUAUGAUUAAGGACAGGAUACGAUUCUUCGACGGAAGCCCAGAUGAAGAGGAUUUCUCAAGUCCUCCUAAAACAAGUCCCCUGAAAACUGGCUCAACUAAACAUGCUUCGAUGCGUGAUGGUUAUCAUUAUAAAGUUGAAUCUUCUCCCGCUUCUUAUGCAACCGGGGCCCCAACACCAGUAUCCAAAGCGCCAGUUGGAGGUUCGGCCAAACUUUCGAGAACAUCAGAACUGACACGAGACAAAAGUACAUUUCCGUCACCUGCUAAAUCGCAAUAUUCGCCGCCAACAUCAAGAAAGCAAAGGAAUGUCUUUGGAGAAGCAGUCCAAAAUCCAUUUUUAGCGUCUCAAGGAUCGUCUGAAAAGACAAUAUCCUCGACGACUAUUUCACCUCAUACUUCACCAACGAAACAACGUCCAUUCUAUAGACUCAAUUCGGAGACCACAGCCGACACAAGUCCCCGCGGCCGUUCACUGGCUCGAUACGAAGUCAACACCACACCCACCAGAAGCUCCGACAUACCCAAAAUCUCAAGACCAAGAGGAAGAACGAUUCCUGGCCCCAAGGACCCCAAGACGGACAUACAGAAAGAUAUAGACACCCGACGCGACCAGAUCAGUGAGAAAAUCGAAGCAAUCUACCAAGCUAAAACCGAAGAACGCAAAGCGCAAAGUCUGGAGAAGAAUGUACCAGCAGAGCAUGUCGAAGUAUCUCCCAUGCCGAAAAACGAUGGGAAAGAGGAUGAUGUCAGAAGACCCCAACGAAUCAAGGAUACGAGCUCCUUUCGUUCCAAGUCGAAGGUGGCGGAUAUGAGAAUGCGGUUUGAUGGUGGUGCUUCUUUUGCUUCGCCCGUGUUGCCGAGCUCUGCAUCUAAAGACGCAGAAUGCAGAAUAGUUUCGCCAAUUAAGAAAGGGGAGAGUUCUUCCGUGAUACCUACUCCUCCACCUGCGCCACCGCCUUCGGUUUUCUCAUCGCGCGUUCGUGGGAAGAAUAAUAAGAGCGUUGAGCAUAUGCUUUCUAUUCAGCGCAUUCCUAGCCCUAAAUCUCCUACGCCGCGAAAACAGACUCCGUCGCAGUCGCUUAUGAAAAGAGUUUCUACUUUACCAUUGGAGAAACGCGAGAAGACAGCGGUACCGGGACGUCAGGAAACUCCUCGGAGAGAAAUUCUGGAAAGGAACUCGCCAUCGCCAAUGGCUUCUCAGCAACUUGAGAAACCAGCUCUUCAGACAUGGCCUCGAUCAGUCGUUACGAAACCUAAACAAGUAAAGAACGGUCUGAUUGCAGAUAAGCUCAGGAUGUUUGAGGAAUUCUCAAAGAAAAAUGAAGGUCCUGUCAUUAGCCCUGGGAAGGAGAAGAAGAAAGAAACGGAGGUUGAUAGCAGUAAGCAUAUUACUUCCAGUAAAAUCCCUCGAACAUUGGUAGAUGGCCGAAAAGAAUGUUUUGAGAUAAGUCCAGUGCGAAAUGGAGAUGGUGAUGAGAGAAAACUAAACCCCGUGUUCCCCAUGGCGAUUGUAGCGAAGGGGACGUGGACAGGGAGAGAUAAAGGGAAGGGGAGGGAAGAUGAUAAGAAAGGUGAGGAGGGAAAGAUGGGCGGAGAAACAUCCCCGGCUCCGAAGAGUAGAGGUGAAGAGAGGAUUGGGAGUAGAGGAAGUAGAGGAUCGAGAUUGGGGCAUAGGAGAUAUGUGGUGGGGAAGUGGAAUGAGGAAUCUUCAAUGAUGAAGGGUGGGGAUGAGGGACUGGCGCAUUUACCGGUGAAGAGAGGGUUGAGAGAUGCGAGGAUGCAUAUGGGGAGGGAUGGGAGUAAGAGUAUUGAUUGGGAUGAGGUAGAGAGGGAAAUUGAGAGGGAGGGGGGUUUGAUGGAUGGCGAGUUGGAGGUGCUGGUUGGGAGGGGGUGGGGUGGGGUAAAUGCAAGGGGAGAGGGGAGGGAUAGGGAUAUUGGUACGAGUAGUGGAAGGGAUACCAGUACGAAUAGAGAUAGAGAUAGAGAUAUCGAUUUAAAUAUGGUAGUCAAGGAAGCAGAAUGCGGGUUAAGGGAACCCAAACCGCUGAGGGCGGUGGAAAUCAAGAGGAUGGUGGAGAUUUGUAGGGAUAGGGAGAGUAGUAGGAGGGAAAGGGAAAAAGCUGAAGAGAGAGAGAGGAGUAGAGGGAGAAGAUUGGAGAGGAGGAAACAUGGUUGA